GACUCUACGCCAAAAUUUACCUUGUUUUCUCUUGAAAUCUUUUCUCGCUUCGAAUUUUCAUCGCCGCUCUUUCCAAACUUCGGUAUCAUCUACCCUUUUCGACAACUUGCAUACAAGAUGGACGGCAGCUACAACCUAUCACCCGAAGAUAUCACCGAUGAAUCCUGGCAAGAAUUUGUUGAUUGGCAUUUCGCGAAUCCAGUUGACAUGGGCACAGAGUCAGUGGCUUAAAAAAAAUGCUAACUCAUAGAAAAAGGGCUCUACCAUCGGGAGUUGGUUCAACACCCAAUGACGCAUCAACAAACAAGGCCCGCUUGACGCACUAUAUACUCCAGGGUCGAUACGGAGAUGGGUACACAUACACCAAAACAACUUGCGCUACUUGCUCAUCAGAGCUCGACACAUCGGAACUUGCACUUUAUACAAAAGACCAAAAUGUGUAUUGUAGGAAGAGCAAGUCUCUUAACCAUCCGCUACUAUCCUGUGUUCAAGGCUGUGGGUUGAACUUUCAUACAUUGAAAGAUCUCAGGGAGCAUUGCAGGACUACCAAUCAUAAAGCUCUUCGUUGCCCCGUUCCAGGAUGUGUCGUUGCAUUAAGUGGUUUGUACCAAGGUGAAGAUCAUCUAAAAACAUGCCACGGAGGAACAAAACUCGCAUGCCACCAGUGUGAAGAACUAUUCGGAGAUACGGCGAACCUCGACAUCCAUGCCUCUAAUAGAGGGCAUUCUGCAUACAUUUGUCGAUAUCCUGAUUGCGAGUCAAUAGCUGGGAGAUUCAGCGACUUGAUUCGGCACCAAGCAUGUCACAAGAAAGAUGUUCCCCGUCAUCCAUGUCCCCAUUGUCGCACAUAUCGAGGAAAUAACGGGUUUAAGAGGAAGGACCAUCUUAGACAGCACAUCAGAAAUUACCACAAGAUUGAGUCCAACCACAUUGGUUGGAUAGGUUCUUCUCCAUUUCUCUGCAAACACAUCAAUUGCCAGAGCUAUGCUGUGAUGGAACGUCAAAAUCUUAGAUCUCUCGACGAUCUCACCCAGCACAUGCUGACCGAGCACAACUCCUCUGCGUUCAUCUGCGAUAAAAUGUCCUGCGACCGAGUAGGACUAAACGGUUUCGAAACGAAGAAGCUUUUUCAAGACCAUCUCAAGAAAGAACACCCUUCACCCUUUCAGUGCACUCAUCCAGGGUGUGAUCGGAUUGGUUCCAAAGGCUGGCUUCGAGAAAAAGAUCAGACGAAGCAUAUGUUUCAGAAGCAUGGCAUCAGUGUUUGAAUACGACGAUAAGGGAUCAGCUUUAUCUUCUCAUCCUUAAGAACACUUGCAUAUCGAUGGCUGCUAGGGAAUAAUUA